GUAGAGGGAGCCCUCUCUGGAAUAUUGACUGAACCCGUCUCUCUUCUGUUUACAGCAUGGCUGCAUCCGGAAACUGAAAAAUGCUGCCUUCGGAAGACGCAUUCCAAGGUAGCAAGGCAUCAAGGCAUGUCCGAAUUCAAUGUUAGCUUUAGUUCCUGUCUCCAGAGAUUUUUAAGGCAGCAUAGAUGGAUCCUUCGCUGCAUUUGAUAUCCCACAAUCCUGUGCGUUCCAUUCUGUGACAGUUAAAGGGAGAGUUCCAUGUAUUCAGAGUUGUUUACAGUAAUAAAGAGAUGGAUUAACAUGCUAAACAUGGCCAAAGUUAAAAAUAUAUUUAUAUUGGACGAAUAACGGAGAGUUUCUGUGCCGAAAAUCUUCGGGGUUGGUACAAGUUUCGGCUGGUGUUUUUACGUCGUGGAUCAAUGACGUAGACGAGAGCCGGAACACCUUAUAUGAGCAUUUAUUUUGUAAAUAACACACUUUGAACAGAGGAGAGCGAGACCGCGCACAUCAACGCGCUUCAUCGGGAAAUCGUCUUAGGAUUUGUUUGAGAAUGUCUCCAAAAAGGUGUGUUUUUGGAUGCGAGGGAAAGUUUACCGUGUUCAGCUUCCCAAAGAACCCAGUGUUACAGCAACAGUGGAUGCAGUUUGUUUUUCCGGGGCAGCAACGGAGUGUAGCAAGUGCGUUUGUCUGUUCUCGUCAUUUCACUGACGAAUGUUUUAUAAACAAGGCCCAGGUCGAUGCUGGAUUUGCAAAUCGUUUGCUAUUAAAACGUGGAGCCGUCCCAGUGAUAAAAGACACCAUUCAUAGCACAUCUACUACCAGAGAACACGUGCCUUCAGUAAAGCACACAGAAUGUCAAACAGAACACAGACCUACUGUGUCUGCUAAAGUGCAAGUCAGCCCACUGAAGAUAUCUGUAGGCAUUCAGUGUACCUUUGCUCCAACUCAAAAGACAGUUGGCACACAGUUCUCCUUCUGUAAACAGACAGGACAUGUACGUAACAAAGCCACGCAGGCAACAGUUUUAAGUGCAAAGGUUAGUGCUGAGACCACACAAGUUGAAACACGGAGGCAUCUGUCAUCUACACCAGUAAAGGCAUCCACAUCUGGACAUGGAGCAACACCUGCUAAAAGGCCCCGCAUUGAACUUUUGGAGGAGAAGGAUGAGGAUGAAGGAAACUUUAGAGACUUUCUGCAACCUCAUCAUUCCACAUAUAAGCCCGUUGAUUCUUUUGCAGAGGCUUCUGAACUUCGUGGGAUGGAGGUCUCUUGUGAUUACGCAGAUGCAAAGUACAUUGUUUUUGAAAGCUCUCUCAGGGAGCUUUUCGAAACAUGUCCUUUGUGCAAGCAUAAGUGCAAUGUCCAGCGAUGUCGGCUUGGGACAUUUGUGUCUUUUAGUAUGGUCUGCGGCCAUUGUCAAUAUGCUAAAAAAUGGCAGAGCCAGCCUAUGAGAGGAAGCACCCCAGUCGGAAAUCUUCAAAUGUCAGCGGCAGUUUACUUCACUGGUGGAUCAUUCAUUCAGAUGAAUAAGAUUUGCAGAGCUAUGAAUCUGCAAAUACACCAUUACUGCACAUUCAGAAGGCAUGCUCGUAUGUUUCUGGAACCUUCCAUAUAUCACAAGUGGAAGAUGGAUCAACAGGCCAUGCUACAGCAACUACAACCACAGGGCAAAAUUGCUCUGAGUGGUGACAUGCGUGCUGAUUCUCCAGGACACUCAGCCAAAUAUGGCAGCUAUACUUUAAUGCACCUGGAAAGCAAUAAAAUUCUGGAUAUUCAACUGGUACAGAGCAACGAAGCUGGAGGCAUUGCACACAUGGAGAAGGAAGGACUCAGAAGAGGUCUGGAUCUUCUAGAGUCCAACAACUUACAUGUGGAAUACAUUGUGACCGAUCGGCACACACAGGUGCAAAAGUAUCUGAGGGAGAGAGCUGUAAAACAGUACUAUGACGUUUGGCACAUCGAGAGGGGGCUAUCGAAAAAAUUGGAGAAACUGUCCAGAAACAAAGAGUGCCAGGUGCUGCGCAAGUGGUUGCCAAGUAUAAAAAACCACAUGUACUGGUCAGCCAUGUCUUCCAAGGAAGGACCUGAGAAAGUUGCUAAAUGGAAGAGUUUAUUCAACCACAUUCAGAAUGUCCACACUCAUGACAGCCCAGAAUUUCCUAAGUGUGCUCAUACAGACAAAGUUUCUAGAGACCGUAAUAAAUGGUUAAGACCAGGUACCAUGCUCCUGUAUAAAGUUGAGAAGCUGCUCCUAAACAAAAGACUCCUCAAAGAUGUGAAAAAGCUGAGCCACCAGUAUCAAACGUUGGCUCUUGGGGCAUUCCACAGUGUCAUUCUGAGAUUUGCUCCAAAGAAUGUGGUAUUUCCUUAUAUUGGAAUGUUAUGCAGGCUCUAUCUUGCUGCAAUGCAUUUCAAUGAGAAUGCUGAUCGUGAACAGACAGUGAACUUGGAGGGCACAGCUGUCUAUAAGAUAAUGUAUCCUAAAUCUAAGAAGCGGCAACCUACAGCACAGACAGUGAAAACAGAGCCCACUUGUAAGUACGUCAAUGACCUGAUGAGGCUGCUCUUUACAGAGGUGUUUGACAACCCUGCCACCUUUGUUGAAGAAAUUUUAAAGCUUCCCAUUCCAGCGGACCUAUCAGCAGAGUACGACAGGCCAGCAAAGGAGGAUGUCAUCGCCAGAAAUGUGGCAAGGUUCAAUCCAGUGUACCCAACGUAGUUCCCACCAGCAUCAGGAAACUGCAGCCGAACCCGCAGGACGACACGUGAUGAAAUGACCACGUGCACAUGUCUGCCCAGAUAUCCCCAGCACCAGCUGACAAAACUCUGAUAGGCAAGAUACCUGUAACGUCUGGCAGAGAGAGUCAGUCAGAUCAGUGGUGUCGAGCUCAAUUCCUGGAGGGCAACAGUCUUGCAGAGUUUAGCUUCAAAAACGAAGGACAUGAAAAUGUAUACUUUUAGAAUUGUAUGCUGUCAUAAUAAGUCUUACACAUACAAUUUUGCACAAGCUACGUACAUAUUUAAACAGCAUUAUUAACGUUACUGGUUCUAUUUCUUGGCAGCAAAUGUUUUCUGCCUUGUUUGGCAUUUUCCUACAAUUCCCACAUGUGCACCUUCUAAAAUGGGCAAAUACAAAAAAUAAUUACGACAACAUUAUUACAGGCAGCUUAGAAGUUUAUCAAUAGCCGCUAAUUAAAUGAGUUGUUACUUACCAUAUAGACACGUCCUACUGUAGUCGUAUUUUCUGUUGUUCCAUUUCAGACUCUGGAUCUGAUUCUGGAUCAAAUAUGUAUGGCUGGAUCUGCCUGUCACUCAUACUUAAUUUAAGAUAUAUAUAUAUAUAUAUAUAUAUAUAUAUAUAUAUAUAUAUAUAUAUAUAUAUAUAUAUAGCCAGGCAUGUACUGGCCAUCGGGACUACCGGGAGAUUCCCGGUGGGCCGCGGUCUGGUUGGGCCGGUGGGUUAUGUAUUUUGUUUUUAAAUCAUUAUCGCAAAUAUAUUCGUAAGUAUAUUUUUGAACAGUCCAAUUACGGCCUAACGUGUCUCUCUCAUGAAGCCGCAAGAUGCUUUUUUUUUUUUUUUUUUUUACGUUAGUCACAAUAAUUUAUUUAAAACAUUACAAAAAGCAGUGUAAAGAACAGAUAAAACGACGCGUGCGCAUGAUGCUGAUGCGAGCUGCGAGACGUGACGUGUUCACUGCUCAUUGGCCAAUCAGAAUCAAGUUCUAGCCUUGAAAAGCGGCCGCUUUACAACUGUGACGAAAUUCAAUAUGUUAAAUAAUAAAAUAUCUAACUUAAGCGUAAAGGAGGGGCCGAACGUUGAGAGAGAGAAAACGACAAGCACUUGAGGCAGAUGCCACCAAAUGUGUCAAGAUAAAUAAAUUAUUUGCUGGAAGGCACAAGACUUCAGUGAAGACGUCCUCAGGGCGGGACUUGACUGCUGAGGUGAGACAGAAAUGUAAUGAUACACGUAAGCUACUGCAUUGUUUUGUUUCAAAAAGUUAGGAUAUUCCAGCUGUAAUAUCUCACCACUCACUGAUCUAUAUAAAUUACAUUUAAAAUUCUCAGCUCUCAGGUUCUGUCUAUUUUAUUACAAAAUUCAGACAAUACCGUUUUGGAGUAAAAAAAAAAAUAUGACGUGACAGAUCGCUUUAGCGCCUCAGUUCAAGUAAACCGAUCAUCUGUUACUUUCUGUUUAAAGAUACAGUACAACUUACAGAAAUUUAUAUAUGCCUCAGAAAUAAUAUCGAUCAGUUAUCAGUCAAAACAGCAGGAGAACAAUUAUUUCACAGAAUGUUACAUUUACCUCAAGAAAGCCCUUUAAAGACCAUAGCAGGUUAGUUGAGAUUGAAAAAUAGCCAUAAGAAAGGAGUAUUUUGCUAAAUAUGUGCACUAUAGUACAUAUUUAUUAUAUUUUCACCUUAAGUAUAAGUAUUUUACAUUUGAUUAUGCAAUUUUUUUACAUUUUUAUUACUGACUGUUCACUUGUCUUCAUUAAUGUUUGAACUUAAUAGUUAGUGUUUAUUGUGGUAUUGAAAUUAGAAUUGUGAAAUGAGAUUGCAGAUUAUUUACAAAGAAAACAAUAGCAAUUUUAUUUUUAUCUUUGUUUAUGUAUUUAUUUUUGGCAGGGCAAGAAAAGUUCUGAACCCUAGCAUUGAGCUCUGCAUUUGAAUAAAGUGACGUGACAUUCAGCCAAGUAUGGUGACCCACACUCAGAAUUCGUGCUCUGCAUUUAACCCAUCCAAAGUGCAUACACCCAGAGCAGUGAACACACACACACACACACACACACACUGUGAACACACACCCGGAGCAGUGGGCAGCCAUUUAUGUUGCAGCUUUUUAAAGGCCUUUGAUUAUGUUAUGAAAAAUGUAAAAUAAAUCACUACACAACGUU